GUCUGGAACACCUCCCGUUCAUGAUGAUGUCACACCCCCUGAUCCCUGUCAGUAUGGCCCCUGCCUCCGUCUCCAUGGCAAUGAGUCAGAUGAACCACCUCAACACGUUAGCCAGCAUGGCCUCUGCUGCCCAGGUCCACCACUCUACCCUCUCCUCCCGCGGCCGCAUGGUCACCUCCGUUAUAAAGGAGCGUGUUCGGGACAGUCCGUCUCCCUCUCUGGAGGACGGGAGGAGGUCUGGGAGUCACCUGUCCUCUCGUCACAGCAGCAGCAUCUCCAGCUCCCCAGUACACACAGAACACUCUGCAGACAGGACCCACGGGCAGCAGAACGGCCUGUCCUCCAGCCAUGCUCUGUUGGGUCAAUCUCCCAGUGCUGUGCCCUGUCCUAAAGAAGGAGAUGUGGCCACCCUGGACUCUGACCACCAAGCUAAGAGGAACCAUGUUGAGAGAGAUGACUGUGGUUCCCUGAGCACCCAGACAGUCAGAGAACCAAUCAGAGAGCCAGUCAGAGAACCAAUCGGAGACGGCUAUGAGAGGCUGUCGUUCUCGGGGCAGAAGCUUCCUCCAGGGUUCCCCGGGCCCUUUAUUUUCCCUGAGGGGCUGUCGUCAAUAGAGACUCUGCUCACUAACAUCCAGGGCUUGCUGAAGGUUGCCAUAGACAACACGCGCGCUCAGGACAAGCAGGUGCAGACGGAGAAGUCAGAGCUGAAGAUGGAACUGUUCAGAGAGAGGGAGCUAAGAGAGACACUGGAGAGACAGCUCACCAUGGAGCAGAAAAACAGAGUGCUGAUCCAGAAGCGCCUGAAGAAAGAGAAGAAGAGUAAGAGGAAACUUCAGGAGGCUCUGCAGUUUGAGUGUAAACUGAGAGACCAUGCUGAGCAGACUCUGCAGCAGACUGGAGCGUCAGACAGAGCCCUCUGUGACUCACUGACCCAGGAAGUAGACAACGGUAACCAAGGUAACGGCAGGACUGACGCAGAGGCAGCGAUACAAGGUACGGCAGCUUCUGAAUGGCUCAUCCUUAUCCUCGUUGCCUAAAUGUCCGGGUGUUUACGUUGAGUUAAAGUAACGCCGUUGGUCUGUGUGGCAGCAAUCUAAUUGAUAAACAGUUUUUAAUAGUUAAGUGUUGAAGGUAUAAUA